AUGGCGCUGGUCACCGUGCGCAGGGCGGCGGGGGGGGCACCGGAGGAGGAUGUCCCCCGACGCAGGCAGCUUCAGCGGCGGCAAAGCUUUGUCAUGGUGAAGGGUGCUGCCCUGCUGCUGCCUGCCGAGGAGGGGCUGGAGGAUGAGUCCCCCCCCGAGGAAACCCCUGGCCAGGCCCCGGGGCGGCAGGAGCAACAUCUGCACCUCAUGAUGCAGCUACUGCGGCCACAGGAUGCCAUCCGGCUGGCGGUGCGGCUGGAGUCGGCGCGGCCGCGGCGGGUGCGGUACCUGCUGGUGGUGACGCCGGAGGAGGAGGGGGCUGAGGGGCAGACGGUGCUGCUGGGCAUGGACAUGGCCCACGAGGGGGCCACCCACUGCACUCUGGGCAUGGUGCUGCCCCUCUGGAGCGACACCCAGGUCUUCCUCGAUGGAGAUGGGGGGUUCAGCGUGACGUCAGGGGGAGAGACUCGCAUCUUCAAACCCAUCUCUGUGCAGACCAUGUGGGCCGUGCUGCAGGAGCUGCACCGUGCCUGCGAGGCCGCCUCCCGCGGCGGGCACAUCCCCGGCGGCCCGGCGCUGGCCUGGGCACGCGGGUACGCGGCGGCGGUGGCAUCGGAGCAGAGCUGCCUCAACGAGUGGCUGGCCAUGGCCGACCUGGAGUCCGUGCGCCCUGCCUCGCCCGCGCCCUGCCGGCCAGCAGCACCGGAGCUGUCGGAGCAGGCGGUGCGGGCACUGCUGCGGGAGGUGAUGGCCAGCGCUGACCUGGAGAGCGUUACCUCCAAGGAGGUGCGGGAGGAGCUGGAGCGGCGCACAGGGCACAGCCUGGCGCAGCACAAGGACUUCAUUGACAACGAGAUGCUGCUGGUGCUGGCACAGAUGGACAGGCCAUCCCGGGUCUUCCCACACCUCUACCUGGGCUCUGAGUGGAACGCGGCCAACCUGGAGGAGCUGCAGCAGAACCGGGUGACCCACAUCCUGAACGUGGCACGGGAGAUCGACAACUUCUUCCCUGCGCUGUUCACCUACAUGAACGUGAGGGUGUACGACGAGGAGGCGGCACAGCUCCUGCCCCACUGGAACGACACCUUCCUCUUCCUCUCCCGCGUCCGGGCUGCCGGGGGCCGGGCGCUGGUGCACUGCCGGAUGGGGCUGAGCCGCUCGGCCGCCACGGUGCUGGCCUACGCCAUGAAGGAGUUCGGGUGGCCCCUGGAGCGGGCGCUGCGCCACGUCCGGCACUGCCGCCCCGGCGUGCUGCCCAACCCCGGCUUCAUGCGCCAGCUCGACUUCUACCAGGGCAUCCUGCACGCCAGCCGACACAGCAGCCUGUGGGAGCCCAAGGCAGCGGUGACGGCAGAGCCUGCGCCCCAGCCCGAGGAGGAACCUGAUGCCCCCCUGGGGAACGAGGGUAGCUUGUCCCCAUCCCCACUGUCCCCUGAGGAGGGGAGCGGGCCAGGGCUGCUGGGGACCUCCCGACGUCCCCGCAUCUCCCUGUGUGCCGUCAUGCGGAGCAUCAGCCAGAUGGAGACCCCUGAGCCCCCCGAGCUGCCCGGGGACCCCCUGGCCGGGGAGGUGUUCCUGGCUUCGGAGGGACCGGAGAGUCCCGACCCUUCUCCGAGGGCACGACCCUCGUCCCGGCCCCGCCGGGUGGUGCGUCAGGCCAGCCUGGAUGGUGGCCCCGUCCCCAGCUCUAAUCCCCCCUCCCCUUAA